CCCAGGCACUUCCUUCUCUUUUUUAUGCUGUUACUCUUCAGUGUAGCAGUAAAGGUUGCUCAUGGAGUCUGUAUUAGAGGAGCCAUCAGAUAUGAUCCAGAAUACAACAAUACAGUUGUACAGAUAUGUUUUAAUAAUAGAUGGGGAUAUAUUUGUGCAAGCAAUAUUGAAAACCAAAGGAAAAGAAUAUCUAAUGUCAUUUGCCAACAGAUGGGAUAUUCUAGACACUCAGAUACUGGGAUCACUUGGAUAAGAAUAAAUCCUGCUCCUACACCUGGUUUUAUAAGAUGGAUUUAUUGCUCAGAUAAACCAAUUUCACAACAAAACAUUUUAGAUUGUUCACAUCAAUUUUAUGAUUUAGAUCUAAAUACAGCAUGCCCCAUGUUGAGUGGCAACUACUAUACUGCUGCUAGUAAUUGUGUCGAUACCUUGGCCUGUCAAAAUGGAGAGAUACAAUUACUUGAUACUAAUGCUGUAUUGCUGUGUGUAAAUGGAGAGUGGCAUGCAUUUUGUGGUAUAACAUGGUCCUCUACUCAAGCACAAGUUGUAUGUAGACAAUUAGGAAAGAAUACAAAAGGAGCUAUGGCAGUGAAUGUUUCAGUAGCUACUGGUACUAUGUCAGUAUUAAGAGCUAACUUUGGCUGUUUUGGAAAUGAAAAAUUCAUAUAUAAUUGUUCAGAUCGUGACUCAAUUUUUUGUGAUAAUAUAUCUUCUCAAACUACAGUUGUUGCUGGUGCUAUAUGUGAAGAUUUGCCUGGUCCUCCUUCAAAUCUUACUAUCAGUAGCCAACAGUCAGAUAUUAUAUUACAUUGGGAAUACACUGAUGAUGCUAAUAAUGUGUCUAAUUUCAGUGUUUACUGUAAGCAUAACAAGACUGUUGAUUCUCAGCUGCACUUGAGUAUAAAAAGUGAACUAAACCUACUGACAAAGAACAACAGUGCAGCACUGAUUGGAUUAUUAGCCAAUACUGUGUACACAUGCUGUGUGUCUGCUGUAUUCCCUUAUAUGGAGACUGAAUUAACAUGCAUUAAUGUAACAGGAUUUCAAGAAACUUGCCCUAGCACUUCUACAAUAAUAGCAUCAUCAUCAUUAAAUGAAGUUAUUCCAUGGAUUGGUGGAUUUAUUGGUAUCACUAUCAGUGCAGUGUUUGUUGUUAUCUUAUUAUUGAUUAUCAAAAUUGUCAUUACAAGAAAAAGUAAAGACAAGCAAUCAAAAUCUAACAAAAGGUCGUCAUUGCAAUGUGAUAAUGCAAAUGUUAUAAGCACCAUUUCAAGUGGUCAGAAUGUUGCAUAUGGAGUUUAUUCACAGAAUCAGAGUCCUCUUGAAGUUGAGUCAUUUGUCGAUAGGAGUGAUCCUACAACUCUAGAAUAUGCAAGUCCCUUUGAUGUGCUUCAGCAAAAUAGAGUGGCUGUUAAUGAUGAUGAAGGUUACAUUUAGUCACUGGCUAAAACUGAGAUUAACAAACGUAUAAUAAAUUACAAGAAAUUUACUGUGUGAACAUGUUUCAUCUCCAAUAAUCACUUUUUUUUCAUGCAAACUCUUAAUUUACUUAUUUAUUUUAUAUAUUAUUAUUCUUUUUUCUGGCUGCAACACAUGUUGUUGCUGUCCUUCAGUACCCUCUGUCCUUUUUCUCUCGUCUCUGUUUAUAUUUGUCUUAUACUGUUAGGUUCAUAA